GACUCAAUUCCCACUCCAAGAGAUCUAUUAAAGCAAAAAAUCUCCAAUGUCCAAAUUCCCAUCCCAUCCCAUCCCAAAUAUACACUCCCAAGAUUGUAAAACACAUUCCCAAGAAGCCCAAUCAAUAUUUCCGAAUUCGUCAUUCCGUGGCACGCACAUCCUCAUUCCUCCCUUCACCACCUCUUACCCGAAAUCGCCAAUCCCAAAAUUUCCCAACCUGCGUUCAUAAUACUUUCCUUCCCCUCGUCUCAAAAAGGAAAGACUGACUGAAACUAUCUCAUCACCUAGGAAAAUUUUAAACUCUCUUUCCGUCAUUCCUUCAUUCUUUGAUGUUUUCGUUAUUUGGGCAAGCUCCAUCCAGCUCGUAAGACUGUUAAAUGUCUAUGUAUUUGAAUGACUUCGAGUAAUGAUGAUUGGAAUUUUCAAAGAUCUUCCAACUUUGAUGUAUAGCAAGAAUUUGUAACUUGCUUUCUGCUUUGCUUCUCAUUUUACUUCCAUAUGACAAUGCCUUUUCCUAAGAAAUUGAUCCCAUUUGCUUCGUUACUAACUGCGACAUUUUUGCUUUUACUCUGCAAGCCAUUUCUCAACACUAGAUUGGAACCGACUGAAUCAGGACCUAGUCAAUGGCAAAAUGAUAUCCGAUUACAUGGUGCGAAAUGGAGGGCGAUGCAAGAAACACAAAAACCAAUAUCGUUUCGUCCAGGUAUAGUGAAACCAUUUCCUGCGACAUACUCGAAAAUGCUCGUUAUCUCGAGGACGAAAGAAGAAGAUGUGAAUUGGAUAAAAGAGAAUUUCGAGAAUGAUACUAGUAUCCAAUCAACCAUAUAUACAGCGGACGACCCGAAAGCCGAAUAUCAUCCACCGAAGAAUAAAGGUCAUGAGGUUAUGAUAUACCUUUCUUAUAUAAUUGAGAAUUAUAACAAUCUUUCGGAUGUCAACAUAUUCAUGCAUUCUCAUCAAAUGACAUGGCAUAACAAUGAACUUCUCGAUCUCGAUGCCGUUCAGAUGAUCUCAAGGCUCUCUUCCGAACGUGUUAUACGAGAAGGAUAUAUGAAUUUGCGAUGUCAUUGGCAUCCAGGAUGUCCAGAUUGGAUGCAUCCAGGGAUAGUGGAGGAGGAUGAUAACAAACAAGAGCAGACUAUCAUGGCAAGAGCAUGGUUGGAACUUUUCCCACUUGAACCUAUUCCAACAGUGCUUGCACAACCUUGUUGCGCACAAUUUGCAGUUUCGAAAGAGAGGAUUCGAACUCUGCCACUGGCAAGAUACAUUUCCUAUCGGGAUUGGUUGUUGAGAACCGAGAUAUCGGAUUAUAUAAGUGGUAGAGUGUGGGAAUAUAUCUGGCAAUUUGUUUUUGCAGGACAAACGACAUUAUGCCCGAAAGAACACAUUUGCUAUUGUGAUGGGUAUGGUAUUUGCUUUGGGGGAGAAAUGGAAUAUCAAGCAUAUUGGGAGAACCAAACGGAAAAGGAUAAUUUGAAUAUUCGACUUGAGGACUGGAAUGUACGAAAUGGAGAGAUGCAGAAUUUGAUAGAUGAAGGAAGAGGAGAUGAAAUGGAGAGUUCGGAGAAACCCGACUCGGCAAUCAAAGAGAAGCUAGAGAGGGAGAUUGCUGAAAUCCAACGCUGGCUAGAAGCAAGCAAAGAAGAAGCAAUGAAACGUGGGGAUGUGGCUCUCAACCGAGCGAUAGAAGCAGGUAGAGAAUGGAAAGACGGCGAUGGAUUUUGAUGACGUAGACGGAUCUAUCAAUUAGUUGAGUUGUGUCAUUGUGUCUUGCCUUUCUGAAGGUUCAAUCCGAUCAUGAUUUACUCAACAGGUGAAGCUUGAGAUUAUCUCCAGUUAGUUGUUGAUCACGGUACUUGGUCACGACAAUCUUUUUCUUGGGGGAGAGCACGUGGACGAGUAACUCCAACAAGGGAUUUCCUAGUUUGGGAAAGAACGAUCGACGACUGGACGUCUGGCACUUGACGUUCACUACCGUAAUCUUAUAUGUGGAUGAUUAACGGAUGACUGGCGUGCCGGCUCUCAACCCACCAAAUAUCUAUGCGAUCACUCAGUAAGGUAAGGUUACAUCAACGUUUAACCUCAUGUCCCCUGAGAGAUUCUGAAAGAUCCCGCGCCCCUGCCACACAAACGCGGACCACAUGUCGAUCACGUGUAGGGUUCAUGGCCCUCGAGUCCUUGGGCCUGUGACGGACGUUGUCAUGUUUCCUGGGUGUGGCAUGAAGGACAGGUGAAGCCAUUCCAGGUAUGGCUCGUCGAGAUGGUUGCGAUGAUGGAUUUUCCGAUGGGGUGGGCGAAGGAUAGGGAUAGGGAUAGGGAUAGGGAUAUACCUACACCAUGAUGUGAUUUUCAGCUUGAUUUGGAAAUUGGGAAUGGCAGAAAUUCAACUGCAAAGGAUGAUAGCGGAUCAAAUAUAUGACGGGAGGGAAGUGACAUGUAAUGUAAAGUGGCACGAAGUGGAUGGAUGAGGGGACUGGGCGAGAUGAGAUGAGAUGGAUCAUGGUUCUUUGCAACUUUUCAAUACCUAUCUGUUGCUCUAUUAACCUAGGUGAUGAUGGUGAUGAUGAUGGUGAUGAUGGUGAUGAUGGUGAUGAUGGUGAUGAUGGUGACGAUGUUGAUUCUUCAAAUGAAGUUAUGUGGAUCUACUCUUCCAAGGGGGUUUCCAUCGCAUACAGAGUGCAUACCUACCUACAUAGCAUGAACCAUCCAUCCACAUGCAUUCACCUAUUCAAUCAAUAGGAUAAAUCCCACGAGCCCCACUCCUUUUUCACCCA